AUAAGAUUGGCCCGAUUGAUUUUAACAUGUACCUGUUUCAGCUUCACGAUGAGACGAUCAUAUCUAAAUGCCCUUCAAGCAACUCCAUCUGAUAAUAAGACGCUAAAGGAGAUUAUGCAGAUACAUCCAUGGAAGGGAGGCCAACCUGCAGACACACAUCGAGCUAUUUUGAGAGGUCUCAUCAAAAGAAUUGCCCAAUUAGAGGAAGCAGGGAUAACUUGUGGAGUAUUGUAUGCUUCACACAUUAUAUACCAAGGUUCAAAAGUGACAAUACGGAAUGAGCCUACACGAAAUGAUUUUAGCCAGGGAAGCUUUAGAGAGCAGAUCAAAAUUUGGGUAUCAAAAAUUUUUCAGGUCCCAGCAGCACUGCAUAGUAACAUAGAGUCAGAGUAUAGGGACUUCCUCAAAGAGAUGCACAAUGCAGGAGAUAAUUUUAAGCAAUUGGAGAGUCACCCUUUCUUGCGAUCAUAUGAAAGAAAGGCGUACUUUUUGUUGGACGCUAUAACCAAAUUGAACAACAAUCAUAAAGGUUGGGAAGGGAAAUACAAAAAUGAAGUGACCGACGUCGUAAAAAUCUACGACAUAAUUCCUAAUGAGAAGGGUUACUCAGAUGUUCUUGGUUACUUAUGGAAAUAUAAAAAGAGGAAAUAUGAAGACAACAUGCUAGGAGCACUCUUGUACUCAAGAAACGUCAUUGUCCAUAUUGAAGAGUAUUUUGAACAGAACGAAAGGCCACCUAGUAAAGAGGAAGUCGGCAAGAGGCUCAGUGAAUUCUUCCCCGAAAUGAUGCUAGGCCUCUACAAGUUUGUGGUUAAUAAAGGAAUUGACAUUAGAUCUGAACCUAGAAGUGUUAACUUGGUCGACUAAAUGACCAACUAGACUCCUCGGUGAGAAAGGUUGACUGUCAAGGAGAUUGUAAGAAGACAGCCAUGAUAAAUGGAAUGGUUAAAGUAGAGUAGUAGAGAAACUAAGGAAUAAGAAGGAAGACGGUGGGCCCUGUGAAACCCCAUAUCCCAUAUUUUAAGAGUUAAGUAUAACAUAUUUAUCAUGUUUUAAAAAUAAUGUUAUUUUCAAAUCGACGCUACGGUAGAAUAUAAAGUAAAUAUGAUAAAAUAUUUAUGAGGUUUGAUAAGGAUGUUUAUGUUCUCGGGACAGCUGUAUUUUCUUUUUAUUAUCUGAAAUAAUAUGAGUACAAAAUUAAUUCUUGCCCA